GUAAAACAGCACUUUAAAUGUCAGUAAAUGGAUUAUCUCAUUGGUGAGCGCACAAAAUCUUGUUUUAAAGGAGUUUAGAAGAGGCUUCAAUCUACAAACAUCUACUAAACAAUGAGGCGACCGUCACUGAAGAAUAAAAAGCCUAUCAACAUAAUAAAAAAUCUAGAUGCCUUUCCUAAAGUUCCAGAAAGUUAUGUUGCAACAUCAGCUUUCGGAGGCACAGUGACACUGACUGUCUUCAUCCUCAUGGCACUUCUGACCGUCUCAGAGUUCUUUGUGUACCAGGACACGUGGAUGAAAUAUGAAUAUGAAGUAGACCGAGAUUUUACCAGUAAACUGAAGAUAAAAAUUGAUAUCACAGUUGCAAUGAAAUGCGAAAGGUUGGGUGCAGAUGUACUGGAUAUUGCUGGAGCUGUCGUUGCGUCAAAGGAAAUUAAAUAUGAUUCUGUUAGCUUUGAUCCCUCUACACAGAAAAAACAGUGGUAUCAGAUAUUACAGCAGAUUCAAAACAGGCUGAGAGAAGAACAGUCACUACAAGAUGUACUCUUUAAAUCAGCACUGAAAGGAUACUUUUCUGACCCAGCUCCACGUGUUGAUUCUACACCUGAAUCCCAGAAUGCAUGCCGGAUACAUGGAAAAAUCUAUGUCAAUAAAGUUGCAGGGAAUUUCCAUAUCACAUUAGGCAAACCAAUUGAAACCAUCAAAGGACAUGCCCAUUAUGCUUCAUUCAUCAAAGAGGAAGUUUAUAACUUCUCACAUCGAAUAGAUCAUUUGUCUUUUGGAAACGAUGUUCCUGGACACAUCAAUCCCCUUGAUGGCAUGGAAAAAACUACAUUAGAGCAAAACACUCUGUUUCAGUAUUUUAUCACGGUUGUGCCCACCAAGCUGCACACAUCCAAUGUUUCGGUGGACAUGCACCAGUUUUCUGUUACAGAAAGGGAGCGGGUUGUAAUCAAUGGGAAAAGCAGUCAGGGUGUAUCAGGGAUCUUUUUUAAAUAUAAACUGAGUCCAUUAAUGGUGAGGGUGAGCGAGGAGCAAAUGCCUCUCUCUGCGUUUCUUGUGAGACUGUGUGGCAUUGUUGGAGGAAUCUUUUCAACUUCAGACCUGCUUCACAGAUUGAUUGGAUCUUUUGUGGACAUUAUCUGCUUUCGCUUUAGACUUGCAAAUAAGGACAGGGAGGUUCUUAAUCAGGUUUCCUAAUCAGGAGAGUGAAACGUUGGAGGAUUUUAUCCAGUUGACAUUUGAGAAGCGCAAAUCAAAAAGGGAUUAUUUUAUAAA